CCCGCAUGUGUCCCGUACCGGUGAAUGAAUAACAAAUUGAAGCUGAUCUUAUACGACUGGAAAAUUUUCUUUUAAAACACUUUUAAUUAUUAAAGGCCCCAUUGUCGAUAUACUUGAAACCACAUCAAGUUAAGCACAAUAGCCGUGACUCCACGAUUCUGACGACAAGCAUUGAAACAAAUAAGAUGGACGAUUACACAAUCAAGUUUCCUAUCGACAGCGAGGAAAACGUUGAAAUGCUAGAAGAAUGGGUAAAAAUAAGCGAAAAUGUGCGACAGCGAUAUGUGAAUUAUCUUGGUUCCGUGAUGAAGGAAGGAAAAAGCAUUGGAGCAGUGUUUGGGAAAUUAUUUUCCGAUUCCGCCAUGUACAGCUACAAUUACUCCGGAAUCUGUAACAGAGGACCACGACGUAAGGCAAUGCUAGGAUAUGUCAUCUUUACCGAAUGCAUGCUUGACGCAUGGAAGGAUCAUGGGAUCGAUGAGACUAUAUUACGCGAAAGUUUAACACUAAUCAUCAAACAAAUCAAUGGACGCAAAAGGAACCGAAAGUACUUUCAGAAGCGUCGCGCAAAUCGAGAUAUAAUACAAAUGGAAGACGCUGAUACGGAAUUGUCGGUUAUUGGUGAUAGUUAAAACACAUCGAAAUUGAAACGAAAUUAUUGUAUAUAAAUAAAACAAGACAUAUUGAUUUGUAUAACGAAA